AGACUCGCCCCUCCUUCUUUUUUAGGUCUUACGCCCUCCCCGCCUAACGUGUUUUUCAAAUCCACCAAUGCGCCCACAGUUUAGGCUCGAACCAGCCAAUCAGAACGCGUAGUCACCGGGAAAUUUAAAUCGCGCCGGCAGGCUGCACGAGGCACACCGUUUCUGGGCUUCGCCGCGGUGGACAUUUCGAGAGCGCCGCGACCGCCGCCGCUUUCUCUCUCUGGCUCAUAACCAUGUCCACCAACGAGAAUGCUAGUUCACCAGCUGCCCGGCUGAACAGAUUCAAGAACAAGGGAAAAGACAGUACAGAAAUGAGGCGGCGUCGAAUAGAAGUUAAUGUGGAGCUGAGAAAAGCUAAGAAGGAUGACCAGAUGCUGAAAAGGAGAAAUGUAAGCUCGUUUCCUGAUGAUGCUACUUCACCACUGCAGGAAAACCGCAACAACCAGGGCACUGUGAAUUGGACUGUUGAUGACAUUGUCAAAGGCAUAAACAGCAAUAAUCUGGAGAGCCAGCUGCAAGCUACUCAAGCUGCUAGGAAACUACUUUCUCGGGAAAAACAGCCCCCCAUAGACCACAUAAUCCGGGCUGGUUUGAUUCCAAAAUUUGUGUCCUUCUUGGGCAGAGUUGACUGUAGUCCCAUUCAGUUUGAGUCUGCCUGGGCGCUCACUAACAUUGCUUCCGGGUCGUCAGAACAGACCAAGGCUGUGGUGGAUGGAGGUGCUAUCCCAGCACUCAUUUCCCUCUUGGCAUCGCCCCACGCUCACAUCAGUGAGCAGGCUGUCUGGGCUCUCGGAAACAUUGCAGGUGAUGGUUCAGUUUUCCGAGACUUGGUUAUCAAAUAUGGUGCAAUUGACCCACUCUUGGCUCUUCUUGCAGUUCCUGAUAUGUCAUCUUUAGCAGGUGGUUACUUACGUAAUCUUACCUGGACACUGUCAAACCUUUGUCGCAACAAGAAUCCUGCACCCCCGUUAGAUGCUGUUGAGCAAAUUCUUCCUACUUUGAUUCGUCUCCUGCAUCACAAUGAUCUUGAAGUAUUAGCAGAUACCUGCUGGGCUAUUUCUUACCUUACUGAUGGUCCAAACGAACGCAUUGAAAUGGUUGUAAAAACGGGAGUUGUGCCCCAUUUGGUGAAGCUUCUGGGAUCAGAUGAAUUGCCCAUUAUGACUCCCGCACUGAGAGCCAUAGGGAAUAUUGUCACUGGAACAGAUGAGCAGACUCAGAUUGUGAUAGAUGCAGGAGCACUUGCUGUCUUUCCCAGCCUGCUCACUCACCCCAAAACUAACAUUCAGAAGGAAGCUACAUGGACAAUGUCAAACAUCACAGCCGGCCGGCAGGACCAGAUACAGCAAGUUGUACAUCAUGGAUUAGUCCCAUUCCUCGUCAGUGUUCUUGCUAAGGCGGACUUCAAGACACAAAAGGAAGCUGUGUGGGCCGUGACCAACUACACAAGCGGUGGGACAGUUGAACAGAUUGUAUACCUUGUUCACUGUGGUAUAAUAGAACCAUUGCUGAACCUCUUAACUGCGAAAGACACGAAAAUUAUUCUUGUUAUUUUGGAUGCUAUUUCAAAUAUCUUUCAGGCUGCUGAGAAACUGGGUGAAACUGACAAGCUUAGUAUAAUGAUUGAAGAAUGUGGAGGCUUGGACAAGAUCGAAGCUCUGCAGAACCAUGAAAACGAGUCUGUGUACAAGGCCUCAUUAAACUUGAUUGAGAAGUAUUUCUCAGUAGAGGAAGAAGAAGAUCAGAAUGUUGCGCCAGAAACUACCUCAGAAGGCUAUACCUUCCAAGUUCAGGACGGGGCUCCUGGUACCUUUAACUUCUAGGUGUACAGCUGAGGGAGGCAUCAGUUUUUGUUGUGUACUAUGUUCGGUAUAAGUUUGUCUGUUUCUCUACUAAGAACUCUUUUUUUUUAAAUGUGGUUUGUCAUUGUAGCACUUUUUACAACAAAACUAUACUUGAACAGUUCCAAACUGUACAUACUGUAUGAAGCUUAUCCUCUGAAGGGGUUUCUUAUUUCUAUGUGGAAUUUCAUAUUUUGCAGUGUCUUGUAAAUAAAGAUUAAGUUCCACCCUUUGCUUUACCA